CUGGCGCCUCGGCCGCCGGGGGACGGACGCGGGCACCCAGCACUAGAUAACGGCUGCUAGACCUCGGCACGUUACGAGACUCAUCUGGGGUACCGCGGAGGAUUACUCUGAAUUGCGGUGGGCAUCUGUGUCCCGAACGAAUUAGAACUUAAAAUCUAUUAUUUCGGGCGCCAUGACGUUGAGACUCUUAGAAGAUUGGUGCAGGGGGAUGGAUAUGAACCCUCGAAAGGCGCUGUUGAUUGCCGGCAUCCCCCAGACCUGCAGUGUGGCAGAAAUCGAGGAGGCUCUGCGGGCUGGUUUAGCUCCUUUAGGGGAGUACAGACUGCUUGGGAGGAUGUUCAGGAGGGACGAGAACAGGAAUGUAGCCUUAGUAGGGCUUACUGAGGAGACUGUUCAUGCUCUGGUCCCUAAGGAGAUACCGGGAAAGGGGGGUAUCUGGAGAGUGAUCUUUAAGCCCCCUGACCCAGAUAAUGAAUUUCUAAGCAGAUUAAACGAAUUUUUAAAGGGAGAGGGGAUGACAGUGAGUGAGUUGACCAGAGCUCUAGGGUAUGAAAAUGACCCUUUUGACCUAGACCGGGACAUGAUCCCAGAAAUUCGGGCCCCUAUGUUGGCACAGGCAUUGGAUGAGGCUCUUCAGCCUGUCCUGCAAUUCCUGAACUAUAAAAAGCUGAGAGUAUUCUCGGGCAGGGAUCCUCCAGAACCAGAAGAGGAAGAAUUCGGACCCUGGUUGUUUCAUACGACUCAAAUGAUGAAGGCAUGGCAGGUGUCAGAUGCAGAGAAAAGAAGGCGAUUGCUAGAGAGCCUCAGAGGCCCAGCAUUUGAUGUUAUUCGCGUCCUCAAGAUCAGCAAUCCUUUAAUUACAGUCCGUGAAUGCCUGCAGGCUCUUGAGCAGGUAUUUGGGGUUAUAGAUAAUCCUAGGGAGUUGCAAGUCAAAUAUCUAACCACUUACCAGAAGGAUGAAGAAAAAUUAUCAGCUUACAUACUAAGGCUGGAGCCUUUGUUACAGAAGCUGGUACAGAGAGGAGCAAUUGAGAGAGACAUUGUGAAUCAGGCCCGCUUAGACCAAAUCAUUGCUGGGGCAGUCCACAGAACAGUUCGCAGACAGUUUGAUCUGCCAGAGGAUGGCCCAGCCCCUGGCUUCUUGCAGUUACUGGCACUGAUAAAGGAUGGGGAGGCAGUUGAGGAGGAGGAGGAGGCCCUUCUCCAGGCAGGAUUAGGAGAGCAUUUCACCUGAAUCUCAGGAAACCAGGAAGGGAUAUCUGUCAGUAAGUGGACCAUGAAAGUAGAAGAGUCUGUAUACUCCAGUGACAGGCAUCAACCAAUCCCUACCUGUGCGGCCAAGUAACCGAUUUUUGUGCAGGUCUCAGUAUAAACGCUUUGUCAUUUCUAUGCCCAUUUAAUGUCUCCUAAAUGUGUCAUUGACCAGGAAGAGUGUAGUUCUGCACUGCUAUUUAUUUAAAACUG